UGAUCGCCUAGCAGGCCUAGGAAAUGCAGUAUCAUCAUGUGGGUUUGAUAAAACACGUCGUCAAAAGCUAAUACGAAUCAUUCUGUCACCGCAAAAAGACUUUGCAAGUGUGGGAUGAAGCAUAUAUUACUUUCCUCCACUCCACAGGAGAAACAAUCAUACCCUACGAGCAACAGAGUUACAAGUGAAGUGGCCAGGCCGACGCGGACCAAUUUUCUCCAAGCGGGACCGGCUUCAGCGGCUAAAGUCAACCGAUUUUUAGUAGUCCGGCGGACCGACUUUGGCGGCCAAAAUUUUUUUGGCUCGGACCAAUUUUGGCGUUACACUGCCAUGGUUCCAUUGGAAAAUGUGUAUUGGAUGGUUAUUGUUAUGACGUCAUUAGUCCUAACUUUUCGGGAUUUUCCCGAAAAUAUUCCCAAAUUUGAUCAUCAGUCAUUUAGCUGCGCCUGCCUGAUGAUAAAACCAGGGAGUUGUUCUCCCUGAUAAAACAAAGGAAAGGAGUUAAGACUGUGACGACUUUUAAUAUAUACUAAAAGACAGUAUCUCCGAUAUCAAUAGAUAGAGUUGGCUACAAUUGUUCCAAGUAAGAAGGUGACAAAAUGGCAGAAGCAUCUAUAGACUUAAAACUAAGAAACAAGACCAUUGCAAUCUUGCAAAACAUUCUUGUGGAAACCGGGCAAAACACAAUUGUUCAACUGUAUAGUAGAUUUCGCAAUUAUACCUGUAUCUUAGGACAUGAAGUGCUUGAGAUGUUUGGCUAUAAUGAAAAAGAACUUCAACAAAGCAUUGCUCUGUUCCCCCAAUAUUUCACCAUAAAAGGUAAACAAAUAACAUUAGGAAUGCUGGUUAAAAACGAUGUGAACAUUGAUACAGAUACACAAACUUUUCUACAGAAGAGACAGGCACAGAUUACAAGUGAGAUGAAAGCCAUUAUUCUUUCAACUCCAAAGAAGUCCUUAAAACUAACAGAACUUUACGGCCGAUAUGUGCAAAACAAAAAAAACCGGGUACUGGGUACAAACUAUGAGACUUUUCGCAUUUCCAUGAAGAACCAUAAAGAAUUCAAAAUUAGCAAUGAGAACAAUAUCUCGGUGGUCGGUGCCGAUAAUCCCAGCACAAAAACUAAGAAAAUGGUUACAGAGGAUAACAAGAAACCGGUUGUGAUGCAGGUACAACAAAAUUUGCAAGCUGAAGAUAAACAAGUUGCUCUUGGUAAACAUCAGAUGAUACUUCCUGACAGUUGCCAGCUAGUUCCAAAGGAUGUGAACAUUGAUACAGAUAUAGAAACAUUUGUGCAGAAGAGACAGGACUUGAAACAACAAGAAGAAAGAGAAGAUGGUUAUAAAAAACAGAAUUUAAGUGAGUUAAAAGCAAUUAUUCUUUCAAGUCCAAAAAAGUCCCUCAAACUAACAGAACUUUACGACCGAUACAUGCAAAUAAAAGACGAAAAGAAAUUUGGACUGGGUACAAACUAUGAAACAUUUCGCAUUUCCAUGAAGAAUAUUCAAAUAUUCAAAAUUAGCAACGCGGACAAUGUCUCAGUGGUCGGUGCUGAUAAUCCCAAUGCUGUAGUUACAUCAACAACCAAGAAAGUGGUUGCAGGGGAUAAAGAAAAACUGGUUGUGAUGCAGGACCAACAAAAUUUGCAAGCUCAGGAUGAACUGGUGGCUGUCGGUAAACAUCAGAUGGUACUUUCUGAGAAUGACCAGCUGUUUGCAGACAAACAUGAUACAGAUAUUCAAAUGUAUCUGCAGAAGGGACAAGAAGAAAGUGAACAUGUUUAUAAAAAACAUGCUAUAAGUGUAAUAAAAAGCGCUAUUCUUUCAAGUCCAAGUAAUUCUGUAGACAUAGAAGAACUAUUUAACAGAUACACGCAAAUACAAAACAAAGGAAAAUUUCGACUGGGUACAAAUCUUGAAACAUUUCAUGUUUCAUUGAAGAAUCUUAAAGAUUUCCAUAUUAGCAAAAACAAAAAAGUCUCAUUGGUACCUAUAGGUGCCAAACCAAGCAUAGAUGUCAUACCAGAUACGAAGAAAAAUCAGGUUGAAGACCAUAGAAAACAACAACCAGUUGUGAUGGAAGCACAACAGCAUCUGCUGGCUGAUGAGCAGAUGGCUCUCACUGAACGUGUCAUGCCUUCACCUGAUUGUGUCCAAGUAGUUGACAGUUCCACAUCUAAUGUAGUUGCAACUUUUCUAAUGAUGAACAAACGCACGUAUGAACAGCCAAUUAUUGCUUUGCAUGUAGAGGGCUUCAGCAAAAUGAAAAAGUUUGUGAUCACGGUACUGUCUAUUGCAUCAUGGGACGGAGAAGUGUUCAUCAUUGAGUUCUCCCCAAAAGGAAGCAAUAGCCAUCUGCAUGUUAAUGAGAAGGAGAGUUUGAAGAGUCUACUUGAAGAUAAAGACAUUCUUAAGGUUUGUCAUGAUAGUCAGACGCUAUCUCAAGGACUACUGGAGCAGUUUGAAAUACAAAUUAAGUAUGUCUUUGACACUAAGAUUUGUUACCAGAUCAUCAACGACAAGCAAGUCAACCACCCUCAAUCGAUAAGUUUUAAUGAGCUUUGCCAAUAUAUGAAUGUGACCCUUAUUGAAAAGCCAAAUGUUAAGAAACUUUGGCAAGGCCAUCCUUUAACUGCAGAGGUCAUUCAUUACUUAACAUACAAUGUUACUGCAUUGGUACCAUCCAUUUAUAGCACAAUGCUUCAACUUCUUGGAUCAGAAAAAUUACCUCGUUUUAGCCAAGCUUGCCUUGACGCUCUCAAAAACAAGCCCACAAAUGAUGGUAGCGAUCUGUGUGAAACGAAACAACUUACCAUUGCUCCAAUAUCUGGUGUACUUGCUGAGGCCCUGACUAAUGGAUAUGCAAAUGAGCUACAUGCAAAUACAGAUACAGGUGCUUCUGUAAUUGCCCCAGGGCAUGUUGUGAAUGUAGCUGCUAGGUUUUCAAAAAUUCAACUGGAGCCACCUCAAUUCAAGCAAUGCCCUAGCCGACAAAUGUCACAACCGAUUCCACUUAGCAAACGUGCCAAAGUCUCUCCAAUGCCACAGUCAGUGACAAAUACCAGAUUGCUUCAGUUUGAUGAAAACAUCAAUGCAUAUUUCAUACCUUUACAUAGUGCGACAUAUCAGUCUGUUAAUCCAACAAGCAUUACUCAGGAAAUGAUUGACAGUGUUGAUGAGAAGAACAAAAGAGAUAUGCAACGAUUCUUAGAAGUUUUUCCAGAGGAAAUUCAGGAGGCUCUACAGAGUUUUCAUCAGCAGGACCUGUAUCCACUAGAAUUUCUUGUUGAAGUUGUCUUGGAUAUUGGACGAAAGCCACAUGCAAGAUAUUACCAGCCUGGCACAGGAAAAUGUAUAGUCAAAGAUUUAAUGGACACUGCUCUCAGUUCUCAGCAAGUUGAAGAAAUAUUUUCUGGCAAUAAUUUUACUGAGUUCACAUCAGAUCGGCGUGCAGGUAUAGAGGGCACACUUCAUCGUGUCAGCAACAUCUGUAAUAGACAGUUGAAACCAAUCGGACUGACUGCACGGGUUGGCCGUGCCAUCUAUGGCUGCUUGGAUAUGAUCUUUGAUAUUGUGGCUAGUGGUAAAUCUGUACUCAUUCUCGGGGUCCCAGGUGUUGGUAAGACCACUGUCUUGAGGGAAUUUGCUCGGGUCCUCAGUGACAUCCUCGAGCAAAGAGUGAUGAUUGUGGACACAUCAAAUGAAAUUGGGGGAGAUGGAGACACCCUUCAUGAAUCAUUAGGAAGUGCAAGACGACUUCAGGUACAUCCUAGAAGUGAACAAUACAAAUUUAUGAUAGAAGCUGUACAGAAUCAUAAUCCAGAAGUGAUUAUCAUCGAUGAAAUUGGCACAAUCCAAGAAGCGCAAGCAGCGCAAAGUAUUGCCGAACGUGGUGUACAACUAAUCGCAACUGCACAUGGUCAAACCUGUGAGGAUAUUCACCGCAAUCCAUCCUUGCGUCCGAUCGCUGGCAGUGCUCAUAGUGUAAUUCUAAGCAAAGAGGAGGUUAUCUCACGUAAGUCGACGACUAAAACGAUGCUUGAGCGCCAGCGUGACCCUUCAUUUGAUGUACUUAUUGAACUACGAGAGCGAGAUCGCUGGCUUAUCCAUCACAAUCUCUCUGACUCUAUCGAUGCCCAUCUGCGAGGUGGUAGUCCACAGGUUGAAGUGAGAGAACGCAUUCAAAUGACUGCUGAGGAUGGCUCCAUUUUCCAACAGGUCCGAGUAUCUCUUUGCACAUUGAAUGCAGCCAUGGCGUGAUUUUUCAAGAUGCAGUAGUGGUGUUAGCAUUUCACGGACAGUCCACCAUUCCUCAACAGCUGAUGGGCCAGUCCAGUAUCUGCCCACCAUGGCUAAGGCUGAGGAGAAAAAAAGUGUUUGCCACGUCUAGAUGCCUGAAAGUGGCUCACUGUCUGUGGCUUUAAUAAAUGAUUCUAAUUAAUAUUUUCCCCACCAGAUCUAUCACAACUCUCUGAUGGGUGAACCAUGUGUUAACUUGGGCUAGCCUAGCUGUGACACCCCUGCAUAAACCUCCAUGUUAAAUUAAAGACUACCAGUAAUUAAAUUAAAACUUCAUUAUAUAAUAAAAGAAAUCUACAAUAAACAGUAUAUAUUUUAAAAUAUUAUAUUUAAACAUAGUACAGUAUAUAAAUAAUAAUACUGUAUAACUAUAAUAAUUAUAUAACUUAGGCCAUAAUGACAGUACUGGUAAUGGAUAAGCUG